AGCGAGAGAGAGAGAGCGAGAGAGAGCGAGGUGUAGGAGACCGAGGGGGAGCGAGGCAGCCCGAGUGUGCGUAUGCGUGUGCGUGUGUGAGCGAGAGCGAGCGAGCGGGCGAGCGAGGGAGAGGAGAGGAGAGGAGAGGCGAGGAGCGUGCGAGCGAGAAAGAAUAAAAGGAAAGAAGAUUUUUCUCUAUGUAUAUAAAGAUGGCCACGUUAGCGAACGGACAGGCUGACAACGCGAGCCUCAGUAGCAACGGGCUCGGCGGCAGCCCGGCCGGCGCCGGGCACAUGAACGGAUUAAGCCACAGCCCGGGGAACCCGUCGACCAUUCCCAUGAAGGACCACGAUGCCAUCAAGCUGUUCAUUGGGCAGAUCCCCCGCAACCUGGACGAGAAGGACCUCAAGCCCCUCUUCGAGGAGUUCGGCAAGAUCUACGAGCUCACGGUGCUGAAGGACAGGUUCACCGGCAUGCACAAAGGCUGCGCUUUCCUCACCUACUGCGAGCGCGAGUCGGCGCUGAAGGCCCAGAGCGCGCUGCACGAGCAGAAGACGCUGCCCGGGAUGAAUCGGCCGAUCCAGGUGAAACCAGCGGACAGCGAGAGUCGAGGAGGUAGUAGCUGCCUGCGCCAGCCCCCUUCACAAGAUAGAAAACUCUUCGUGGGCAUGCUCAACAAGCAGCAGUCCGAGGACGACGUGCGCCGCCUCUUCGAAGCCUUCGGGAACAUCGAGGAGUGCACCAUCCUGCGCGGGCCCGACGGCAACAGCAAGGGGUGCGCCUUCGUCAAGUACUCGUCCCACGCCGAGGCUCAAGCCGCCAUCAACGCUUUGCAUGGCAGCCAGACCAUGCCGGGAGCCUCGUCGAGCCUGGUGGUCAAGUUCGCCGACACCGACAAGGAGCGCACCAUGCGGCGAAUGCAGCAGAUGGCCGGCCAGAUGGGCAUGUUCAAUCCCAUGGCCAUCCCCUUCGGGGCCUAUGGAGCCUACGCACAAGCACUGAUGCAGCAGCAAGCGGCACUAAUGGCAUCAGUCGCGCAGGGCGGCUACCUGAACCCCAUGGCUGCCUUUGCCGCCGCCCAGAUGCAGCAGAUGGCGGCCCUCAACAUGAAUGGCCUGGCGGCUGCGCCCAUGACCCCAACCUCAGGUGGCAGCACCCCUCCAGGCAUCACUGCACCAGCCGUGCCUAGCAUCCCGUCCCCCAUUGGGGUGAAUGGCUUCACUGGCCUCCCCCCACAGGCCAAUGGGCAGCCUGCUGCGGAAGCUGUGUUUGCCAAUGGCAUCCACCCCUACCCAGCGCAGAGCCCCACCGCGGCGGACCCCCUGCAGCAAGCCUACGCUGGAGUGCAGCAGUAUGCAGGUCCAGCUGCCUACCCUGCUGCCUAUGGUCAGAUAAGCCAGGCCUUCCCUCAGCCGCCUCCAAUGAUCCCCCAGCAACAGAGAGAAGGGCCCGAGGGCUGUAACCUGUUCAUCUACCAUCUGCCCCAGGAGUUUGGGGACGCUGAGCUGAUGCAGAUGUUCCUCCCUUUCGGCCGGCCCCCCGUGCCCUCGCGCUGCCAGGCCCCCUCCUGUCAGGGCGGACAGUGUCCGCUAAGCGCCUCCACCCGCAGGCUUCGUGAGCUUCGACAACCCGGCCAGCGCGCAGACCGCGCUCCAGGCCAUGAACGGCUUCCAGAUCGGCAUGAAGAGGCUCAAGGUGCAGCUGAAGCGGCCCAAAGACGCCAAUCGCCCCUACUGAGCGUCCCCCGGGGGAGACCAGGACUCGCACAGGGCCAGUCAAAUCCACCACAGUCUCGCGCUGAGCUAGGAAUAAAGUUCACGUAAUCACAUGAGAGUGGAGAAACAGUCCCCCCAUCCGUAAGAUGCUGAAUGGGCUACAUUAAAAAUCAAACCUCUCUCUCUCUCUAUUUAUAAAUGAGAACUGUUGGAUGACACCUUUGACAUAUCAGCCAAUCCCAAUCAAGCUGAAGACUCCAGACACUCUCUGUGACUGUAACAUUUCUUGAAGGAAAGUCUAGCGUCUACGGAGUUCAGAGGGCACGUGUUUGGGGGAAUCUACACACGACACAAAGAAGAUGAUGAAGAAAACUGAGAAAACAAAACAAACAACACACAAAAGGAACUUUCAAACAAAAUAACUUGUGACCAGAUGGGGAGACUGACGGGCUGGGAGCUGGAAGAGACGCUGCUUCCCGAUCCCUGGGGCUCUGCAGCCCGUGGGCGCCUGCGGCAGGCUGGGGCAAGCGGUGUGGAGGGGCCUGGUCCCCAGGGGCGGCUGGGAGGCCGCCACGAGCAUCUCUAUCUGUCAUUCCUUUAGCUAUUUAGGGACCAAAGGACCGAACUUUUUAUUGCAGAUGUGUAGCUCUAUGUGAAAUAGAGGGGGGAUGGAGGGGAACCUCCUUCCUGCCUUACAGCUGUUCCCGGAGCAGCUUAGAGCGAUUCUAUGAAAAUAAAAUGUCAUAAAAAAAUUAAAAAAAAUACAAAAAAAAUACAAAAACAAAAAAAAGGGAAAAAUAAUGCUUCAAUGCUUUUAAAACAGCAAGAUACUAGUUCUUUGAUACUUUGAGAGGCGCUUUGAUUACCCUCAUUCAAGUCUAUGACACUUUCCUAUGGUUUUCUGUAUUAUAUGUCUGGAUGGAGCUGUUGGAUGAACCAAUUGGUGGAUCUUUGGGGAAAGCAACAAAAAUAUUAAAACACAUUAACCGUGAAGUGGGAGGAACACAGGAGGGGAAACAAAAGGACUUAUGAGGCAAGAUAAUUGUUGUGAAAAGUCUGUAAAUGCUUCUAACUCUUCCCCCCUCUUAAAAGCCUAAUAGUUGUACAGAAUUUUAAAAAGGAAAAGUUUAAAAUACCUAUAUAAUAGAAGAAAAAUUAGAGGAAAGCAAAACAUAAAAAAUAAAAAAGGAAAAAAAAACAUAUAGAAGUUAGCGUUACUGCUAAAAUCCCAGCUGUUGUAGGACUGUACUUUUGUAGAGUUUAGACCGAGCAUCAAUCCCUUCUCCCUUCGAGUGCUGUUGGACGCCGUUGUCCCCGAGGGCCAGGCUGGACUGGCCAGACCCGCGGGCUCCAGGCUGCCCCUGCCUGCCGGUGGAGGCCGUAUCGUCUGUCCGUCGUCCGUCCGUCCGUCCAGCCGCAGGAAGGGCCACCGCCUCCACCCUCGCUUCACUCCGGGAGCUGCGCCGCUCUCUGCAAGCCCUCGACACCUUCGCUUCUCUCGCCUUCCCUGCUCGCUCCGGAGACUUUCCGGGCAAGGGAGACCUGGGAACUUUCAUCUCGAAACAACACACACACACACACAGACACA